GAUAGCGCGCGCGCGAGAGAGGUCCGCUGCCUGCUCUGCUCUUGUACCAUCUGUUUUCCAUCUGAGCUCACACUUCUUUCCCUCCUCACGUUCCUCAUCCUCUCGCGACAGUUGGCGCUAAAAGUUGAAGAGUUUGGUGGUGUUCAGGGACGGAAGGAAGCCACGUCUCCUUGCGGUGCCUCUCCUCUUCCUCAUCUGCGUCUCCCGCGCGAGCUCGAGCAUCAGUCGCACCACUGAUCGUAACGCAUCAUAGUCCAAGCGUCUCGAGCGUGUUCACAGCUGGGUGUGAUGCAGCCGUCCUGCAGAACUGACAUGAAGUUUCUCCGUGGCGUGUAGCUGCGCUUGAACGCUUAUGAACCCCCUCCGCUGUGCGUGUGCGCGCGCGCAUGUGUGUGUAUGUGUGUGCGCACGUGUUUUUUUUUUCUUUUUUUUUUUUUCCCCGUCGUUUUGGGGCGCUUUGGCUCUUAAGAUGAUGUCCCUCUGUGACUUUCUGAAUUGCACGUAACUGCUUUAAAAGGGAGAGGAAGCAGGGAGCUCGGCAGUCUCUCAGUUCUCUGAAGGAGGGAGGGUUUGUUGUGCUUUUGUGCUAGCAGCAGCCUCCUCUAUGCCGCUUUAAUCGUCUCUGCAGUAGAAUUCUGAGUGCUCAGAGAAAGAACAGCCGAACGUAUUGAAGAAGAAGAAGAAUUAGAAGAAGAAGAAGGAGAAGAAGAAGAAGGCACCAUGAAGAAGUUCCGGAAGGUGUUGGACGGUCUGACCACGUCGUCUCCGGCCAGUGCUGGAGGCUCUCCGUCGUGCGGCAGCGCUGCUGGAACUCCCACUGCAGCAGCGACUCCGCGCGAGCUGGACAUCCAGGAGACCCUCAUGGCGGAGCACUUCCACAUCUGUAAGACUGUGCGUCAUGGCUUCCCCUACCAGCCUACAGCUCUAGCGUUUGACCCUGUGCAGAAGAUUCUGGCUAUCGGAUCUCGCUCUGGAGGAGUGCGCGUUCUGGGACGGCCAGGAGUGGACUGCUAUUGUCAGCAUGAGAGCGGAGCGGCUGUACUGCAACUGCAGUUCCUUAUCAAUGAGGGAGCGUUGGUCACAGCCUGUGCAGAUGACACUCUGCACCUCUGGAACCUUCGGCAGAGACGUCCAGCAAUACUGCACUCGCUCAAAUUCAACAGAGAGCGGAUCACGUUCUGUCAUCUUCCAUUCCAGAGUAAAUGGCUUUACGUUGGAACGGAGCGGGGAAACACACACAUUGUCAACGUUGAGUCAUUUAUUUUGUCUGGAUACGUCAUUAUGUGGAACAAGGCCAUAGAACUAUCAACAAAGACACACCCAGGGCCUGUUGUUCACCUGAGUGACAGCCCAAAAGACGAAGGGAAGCUGCUGAUUGGCUUUGAGAGCGGCACUAUAGUGAUGUGGGACCUGCGAUCAAAAAGAGCUGACUUCAGAAUUUACUAUGAUGAGGCGAUUCACUCUGUUAGUUGGCAUCAUGAAGGACGGCAGUUCAUGUGCAGUCACUCUGACGGAAGUCUCACCAUGUGGAACCUGAGAAACACAGCCAAACCCUUCCAAGUCACCUUCCCUCACGGUAAAUCUCAGAGAGAUGGCAGAAAAGAAUCAUGUAAGCCAAUUCUCAAGGUGGAGUACAAGACCUGCAGGAACAGUGAGCCCUUCGUCAUCUUCUCUGGAGGUCUGUCAUAUGAUAAAGCAGGCAGGAGGCCCACUCUAACCAUCAUGCAUGGCAAAGCCAUCACAGUGCUGGAAAUGGACCAUCCUAUAGUGGAGUUCCUCGUGCUCUGCGAGACACCCUAUCUUAACGAGGUGCAGGAGCCAUAUGCAGUGGUUGUGCUACUGGAAAAGGACUUCAUCGUGGUUGAUCUUACGCAGAGCAAUUUCCCUAUUUUUGAGAACCCCUACCCAAUGGACAUCCAUGAGUCUCCAGUCACAUGCACAGCUUAUUUUGCUGACUGUCCCCCUGACAUCAUCCCUGUGCUGUACUCCAUAGGAGCUAAACACAAAAAGACUGGCUACAGCCACAAGGAGUGGCCAGUGAGUGGUGGCACUUGGACGCUUGGUUCUCAAACAUAUCCAGAGAUUAUUAUCACAGGACAUGCAGACGGAUCGAUAAAGUUUUGGGACGCCACAGCCAUCACGUUGCAGAUGCUUUACAAGCUGAAGACAUCGAAGGUGUUUGAGAAGGUGAAGGGCAGUGAGGGGGGCCGCAGUGCCGAGCUGGUGGAGGAGGACCCCUAUGCAGUGCAGAUGGUCAGCUGGUGUCCCCAAAGCCGCAUCUUCUGUGUGGUGGGCAUCAGUGCCCAUGUCAUAUUGUACCGCUUCAGCAAGCAUGAUGCCAACACCACUAUCACGGCUCUGGAAGUGCGUCUGCAGUGUGACGUGGAGGAUGUAAUCUCACCAUCAGACACCGAAAAUACAGAUGUGGGCACUCACUCACCGCAGCCGCCCAGCCCGCGCAGUAACACUCCGGAUAGUGUGAGAGACAGCAUCCCCUGUUUAAAGGUAAAAGAUCGCAUGAUCUGGAUGCCCCCUGGUUACCAGGCUGAACUUGUUAUUCAGUUGUUAUGGGUUGACGGAGAGCCACCUCAGCAAAUCACCAGCCUGGAUUUAAACUCUGCCUACGGCCUGUUAGCUCUAGGUAACUGUAAUGGUCUGGCAGUUGUGGAUUAUCUACAGAAGACAGUGAUAGUGUGCAUGAGCACUCUGGAGCUGUAUGGCUCGGCUGACCCCUUCCAACGUCUCACACGUUCCCCCCGCAAGAACCGCCAGUCCACAUCAGACUUUUGCAUGCGUGGCCUGUCUAACUUUUAUUCAGAUUCAAAGAAAAGGAUCCGUACCUCCUACCAGAGCCUUACCGAACUUUCCGAUAACCAGGUAUCUUUGGACCUGGAAAGGAGCAAAUCACCCACCUCAGUGCCCUACUCCUCCUACGUACACAAUGAGCCUCGGGGCACGGCAGAGCCCGUGUCCAAUCUGCGUGCCAGCCAUUACAGUCCAGUCUUUUACCUGUUGGACAAUGUAAAGGGACCAGGCAGAAAGUUAAGUCUACCCACUGAUCUUAAGAGUGAUCUUGAUCAUGUGAAUGGACAUUGCACUAGUCCAACUUCGCAGCCAUGUGUGUCUGGGAGGCCCCGUGCUCCAGGGGCCCCUGAGGGGCCUCGUCUCACCCGCCGUGGGCCCGGACGACCGCCAUUCCGCAAGGCCCAGUCAGCCGCAUGCAUGGAGGUCUCUUUGCCUGUGUCCUCCCUCACCGAAGGUUACCCGUCCAGACGGGCCAUGCUGCAGCAGUUGCAUGGUGUCAGUAUGUACUCACACGAUGAGCACCACGCCACCACCUACUCCUGGAGUGAGAGAGAGAGUCGGGAAAAUUCAUUCAGCCGAUCACGGAGUUCCAGUGUCUCUAGUAUAGACCGGGACACCAAAGAGGCUGUGACCACGCUGCAGUUUGCGGAGUCUUAUGGCCGCAAGUCAGACGCACUGCCUACACCAUGCCUAUGGGUGGGCACCAGCCUGGGCCUUGUUCUGCUAGUGCCCUUGUCCAUUGCUACUGAAGAGCAGGAGAGGCUAGAGGAACCUGUCACUGUCGCACCCACCAGCACAGUCUUAAUGCUGAAAGGUUCAGUCCUGCGUUUUGGUUUUCUGGACUGCACUGGUGCUUUGAUCCACAGUGCAUAUGAGGUGUGGAGAGAUCCGCAUGGUGCUGAGGACCCUGAUCGGCCCCGCAGGAGAAAGUUGGUCAACUUUUCACCCUGUUCCUCACAGGAAGCCAGCGGCGAAGGCCACCUGGCUGUGGUGUGCUCUGAACGCCAAGCCAAGGUCUUCCUCAUGCCCUCACAGGCCUGCCUCUAUGUGCACAACAUCACAGAGUCUUCAUUCGUGCUGCGUGCUGACGUGGUGGCCGUCUCCAACAGCGUGUGCCUGGCCUGCUUCUGUGCCAACGGACAUGUCAUGAUCCUCAGCCUGCCAAGUUUACGGCCCCUGUUGGAUGUUCACUACCUGCCGCUAACAGACAUGCGCAUUGCUAGAACAUUCUGCUUCACCAAUGGUGGUCAGGCCCUAUACCUGAGCUCUCCAACAGAAAUACAGCGCAUCACCUACAGCCAGGAGAUGUGUGAUAAUUUGCAGGAGAUGCUAGGGGAGCUUUUCACACCCACUGAGACCCCUGAGGCGCAGAACCGAGGCUUCCUGAAGGGAUUCUUUGGGGGCAAUGCACAGACCUUUGACCGAGAAGAGCUCUUUGGUGAGGCAGCAGCAGGGAAGGCUUCUCGAAGUCUGGCCCAGCAUAUACCGGGCCAGGGCAGCGUGGAGGGCAUACGGGUAGCAGCUGGCGGGGCAGUGGGUGAUCUUGCCCGAGCUCGAAUUGCCCUGGAUGAGAGAGGACAGAGACUAGGGGAGCUGGAGGAAAGGACGGCUCAAAUGAUGGCCAGCGCUGAGACUUUCUCCAAACACGCUCAUGAGCUGAUGCUGAAAUGCAAAGACAAGAAGUGGUAUCAGUUUUAAAUGAGUUAGCCUGGAUGAAGGCUAAUUCUGCUCGCCAACCACAAGAGGGCACUCCUCUGGAACAUGGACCUUCACUUUUUAAAAGAGAGGUUGAGAGGUGCUUAGGGCUGUUCCUUCUCUCUGGGGCUAUGUAUACAGGACUAUACUUCUUAAUCAGACUGGUUUGACAGACUGAAGACAAUAACUGAUGGACAGAUACCAUUAGCGUUAACAACUUUGGGGUGGUUCCUCCCCUCAUACGUUAUGGAUUAGACCAUCCUUCAUUCAUCUACAGGGGCCAGGGUCUUCUUUUAGGAGGAAAAUUGGCUCUUGCUGUAUAGAUACUUUAAAGUUAUUUAAAAAAAAAAAAAAAACCAACAAGACUGCAUGAAACAAAAAUGGAUGACCUAUAAAAACAUAAAACUGCCAUAUUCAAAAGCAGCAUGUUACUUUAAAACAAAGGGAAAUAAAUGAAUAACAUACUUUUAUUUAAUAAUAUAAGCCAAUACCAGAAUCCUAUGACAAAAACUUUAUAUUUUUUGAAAUAGCGAUAAAAUAUAAAUAAAAAGGGAAACUGUAUACCUGCAUUGCUAUAAGGCCAAAAUUCUGUUUUUUUUUAAUUGCUCCAUACUACUUCUUUUCAAUAAUGUAUUAUUUGAAAAUUUCCACAGCUCUGUCUUCACAUCAGUUAUUCACACAAUGUGUUCCACCCUUGUGUUCUGAUUACAGACAUGACAAACUAUUUAAAAACAACAACACUACAGAACAGACAAACCGCACUCACCACCAUCCUCCAAACGUUAUCACACAUGCAACUUCAUGUCACACCACUUUCAAAACAAUACAGUGUUUAUGAAGUAGCUGCUAACACAGAAUUGUCCCUUAAAUAACAGCUUUACUACUGAACCAAGUUACUUCACCCUCUCCUAGAAAUGUAUGAUGUGGUUUUAGACGUAUAAGCGAGAAGUAAGCUGUACUGGGCAAUAUGUGCUAUGAGUGUAUCUGUGUGGUCUUACUUGAGUGUGUUUCUAUUCAUAAAGCCAAUGUAAUAAUACAUGUGCCAUAUUCUAGAUGGGUGAAGUAUCUUUCCUGUAAACUAGCGAUGAACUUAUUCUGUCCGUGGUUGAUAUUUUAAGCCGUUACCUGUAGAUUAAACUCUGUCUGUUCCAAUACACUACAGUUUCAAAUGUUUGUUCCUUUUAAUUGUGUGGGGUUCAACUUAUAAUUUUCAGCUGACCUGUUAGGUCGUUUUGUUUUCUGGACUUUUCUUCUGCCUUGGGUCACAUGUAACAAAGUCUGGCGAGUCAAGGGGUACCUCACUCUAAAGAUAUUGUACGGAAAACCAUUGCCAAAUCCAUGAAGCUUGAACGAGAGAGUUUUCAGUAGUUUGAGGUCAGAGGAUUGUUUAUUUGUGUCUUCUGAUUUGAAUAUGUCUAAGAUGGCAGAGACUGAGCCAUGGGGAUACUACAUCAAUAUUUGUGUUCUUUGAGCAGUGUCUUUUAAACAUAUGUAUGGAGUGUUGUAUGGAGCAUAGAGAACCUUGCACAACAGGGCAAUCCUGCUCGGACAGAUGUUAACCUACAUGUGAGCAAAAUUAUUCUGAAUCUCAUUAUAAGUGAGAAAUCACGUGUCAUUGGUUUAAUGCCUCCUCCUUGACCUGUUGUGCUUGUGUAAGACAAUUUGUUUAUCUUUUAUAUUAUGGUUCCCAAAAAUCCCAUCCCAUCUCUCUCCAUGUCUUCUGCACUUCCACUCUGUAUAUACAAUAUGGCCAAAGUAUUCAUACAUAUGCUGUCCAAGUCAAAAUCAGACCUAAACAGAAACCAGUAGGACAUGGAUUUCAUCUCUGCUAAGGCUGUACACAAAGCAAAACCUGUUAUCAAAAUAUUUAAGGACAGUUUAGUCAAAAAAAAAAAAAAAAGCUAGCAUGGCUAAGAAAUUGAUCAAGGGCAUGAACGCCAGCAGUUAGGCUUAACUAUCCCUUUAAAAUUUUUUAAAUACUGGAGUUAGCAACUCCAAACGUAAUAUAAUACAUCAGUGUGAACCAAGUAACCCCACAUGCCCAUGGUAAUAGCCGUGUCAUUCUAGAGAAAAAUUACCACAUGACUGUCCGUCAUUUCAAGGCUAAAAAAAGUGCAUAUAUCUGAUAAAGAAUUCCAUUGGUCAGAAUUCUCAAUCAUUAUCAUGUUUGUUUUUAACAGCAAAAAAAUACAGGGUGUUAUGUUUCUAUGUUCUCAGCUUUUAUACUAAAAUGUACAGUUGAACCUGAAGAGAGUUGGGAGAAAUGUCAUACAAUGAACUCAUGUGAUUUCUUCUGUAAAUGUUUUACCUGUUGAAAGAUGGUACUGCGUCUAAAAUUCUGAAUGUAGUUCUGUAGUCCUCCCUCUGUCCCAAACUCUGAACCGCUCUUCUCUACGGAGAAUGCGGCACCGUCCGUCUUGUUUAAAUGGAUACUACCACUUUUUGUUCUUAUCGAUAUUACAGUAGUAUUAUAGAGGUUACUGGAAUAAAAAAAAAAAUCAUGAAACAUAUGUUGAUGCUAAUCAAAUUGAAAUAAACAUUGAUUGAUGUACUCAUGACAAUGUGAGAUUGAUUUGUUUCUCACACAAUAUGUUUUGUUUAAAUGAAAAAUCGAAUUAAAUAUUGGAAAUUUGUGUCAUCUAUUGUCAGGGUUAUUAUUUGUGCGUUUGUUUGUUUGAUCGUUUAUUUGUUUAUAAUAAGCAAAGAAUUGUGCAUCAUAGUGAUCAUGACAUCAGAGUGUGUCUGGAUGGAAUUUAAACAAUAAAGUAAAAGAGUGAAAGAAUUCUCUAGAAAUCUAUGUAUUCAAAGAUAGACCGCUGUAGUGACUUUAUUUCAAAAAAGAGCCUAGUGAAAAUCUAGCAACUUUUUGAGCAGUCAUUAGCAAGUGUCCUGCACACUUAUAUGGCUCUCCAGCUCACAUCACAGCUGCUGGUUAUACUGGCCAAGAGAGCAGGUUUGGUCGAUUCAUCAUCAGUGUGUAAAGCCUGACCGGGUCGUGCUUGCACAUGCCAAUAUUCCCAAUGACCAAUCACUGAUCACCAUUUUUGUCCCAUCUGUGCAGUUCUUUGUUCUUUCUUUUAAACUUUCUUCUUGGCUAUAUUUACAAGUAAUAAAUGUGAGUUAUUCCAUACAAAACCAUUUUCCUUCACAUCUCUUUCCAACUUCUCACUAACACUGCUUGUUUUUGUCUGGGUUAUAGUAGUUAGUUUGUGGCACCAUGACCAAAAACUUCUUAGAAAGAUGUUAUAAAUUUAUAUUCUGAGAAAAACUUAUGCUAUUCUAUUUUAUUCUUCUGAAGAGUCUUCAGAAAAGAUUCCUUCUUCGUGUUUUGUGUAACAUCUAUUCAAUAAACAUGCAAAUUAGUCUCCAGCAUCAUCUGGUGACUUCUGUUAUUUACUUUUUUGAGCAUACAUUAGUAUACACUAGGAAUACUGAAUUGGAUGCUAUAACCUAAAAAUUGACCACCUAGCAUUGCAUAUUAUUACAUUUAUUAGGAAGGGCAAAUCAUAUCAACAAACUAGUAUAUCUAAAAGUAA